UUGCAAGAUAUCGUUCGCGACGACCGACAAGUUACCAAUCGUCAUCGUCAGGUUCCGGCCCCAGCUUCUUUCAACCUCCAGAACCAGUUCCAUCAAACCACGCGACAGAGACCGAAGUCGCCCUGGUGAAAGUGAUACAGCUCCACCCAAGAUUGUAAACAGCACUAAAUUCUCAAGUAGGAAUAUGACUCUAAUCCAUGCCUACAAUUUGUUAGCAUGUAUUCGGCAACUGAAGAUAAAUGGCACCCCUUUCCGGCCACUCUUGAUACCGGCACGCUAGACAACUGGAUAUGCGAAAGUUCUUUGGCAACCCUUGCCUUGGGGGAGAGGAUCCAAACAAGUGAGGCUAUAUUUAUUGACUUCGGCGGAAAGACAGUGAAAUCGACUGAAAUGGUGGAGAUACCUUGGUGUGCUGCCCAAGGAAAUCGCAAACUUCGCACGAGCAAGUUCCGAAUCGCCAAUAAAUGCGCACCCUUUGAUGUCGUCCUCGGUAGUCACCUCCUCCUCAACGAAGAAGGAAUCCUCAAAUUUGACAAGACCGUGUGGGUUCUAGCGAAGAAGAACGCUACUGAAGAAGAGAAAGAGUACAUGAAGCGAGAAAGAGAGAAGGCAGUAGAGGAGAGCAAAAGAUUAGCGCAAAGAAAGGUAAAUCAGACGUCCAACACCGCGUCAGGGCAGCGUAGCGUAGGUCAAGCGCCAGGUAGGAAGUGAGGACGGUGAAGGGGAAAGCUAAGAACAGCAGGGUGGAAUGAAUUUCACAUACAUUGGUGUUGGCGUUGUGUGGUCCUUCGUGCUUUGGAAGUACCCGAAAACAGUCGCUGAAAUAAGGGGCGUCAGUUAGGUACACACUUCCGGGCUAACUCACCAACUUUUGGCAGGCGCGGAGAUAAGUUGGCCUUGCUGUAUGAAAGCUAUGUUAUUUAACUCUUUAUUGACCUUACUUGCCUCGUGGAGCAAUUGGACAAUUGGAACGAAUUGAAGUCCUC